ACAAAAGUAGCAGUGCCAGUGUCCAGCUGGCGCCACACCGGCCAAUCACAAUCUUGCGGCCCGGCGGAGAGACAACAGGGUCGAAGUCCUCCUUCAUCAAGCCUUUACAUCAUUCUUAACUAUGGCGUUCUCUGUAAGUUCAAGACUACUUCAGCUGCACCGAGUCAUCCGGCCGGCCAUCGUCAGCCAUGCAAAUGCAAUUCGUAUGGGUCCCCAAACCCCGGUAGUCUCCAGGCUCAUGUCCUCUGUACCCAGCUAUAAUUAUGUGACAGUAGAAAAGAGAGGUGAAGGGGACUGUGUGGGAUUGGUCACCCUUAACCGCCCCAAAGCUCUCAAUGCCCUGUGUGAUGGUCUGAUGAAGGAGGUGUAUCAAAUAAUGAUUGAGAUGGACAAUGACCCUGGUGUGGCUGCUGUCGUUCUCACAGGCAGCGAGAAAGCCUUUGCUGCAGGUGCUGACAUCAAGGAGAUGCAGAACAAAAACUUUGUAGACUGUUAUCUGCAUAAUUUUCUGGAGGGUUGGGAUGGCAUCACCAAGAUUAAGAAGCCUGUCAUCGCAGCUGUCAAUGGCUACGCUCUUGGGGGUGGCUGUGAACUGGCCAUGAUGUGUGACAUUAUCUUGGCAGGGGAGAAAGCCAGGUUUGGCCAACCAGAGAUUGCUCUUGGUACCAUCCCUGGGGCAGGGGGCACCCAGCGGCUUACCCGUGCCAUUGGCAAGUCUCGUGCCAUGCAGAUGUGUGUCACAGGUGACCCCAUCACAGCACAGCAAGCAAAGGACUGGGGCCUGGUGAGUUCAGUGCAUCCCCCAGACCAGCUGGUGGCUGAGGCAGUUAAGAUGGGGGAGAGGAUUAGCCAGCAUUCUAAGUUGGUGGUGGCCAUUUGCAAGGAAUCUGUUAACAACGCUUCUGAACUGUCUCUGAAACAAGGACUGACAGUGGAAAAGAAGCUCUUCUACACUACAUUUGCUACAAAUGAUCGCAAAGAAGGCAUGACUGCAUUUGUUGAGAAGAGGAAAGCAAAAUUCACUGAUAGUUAGGAGGGUUGUGGCUUGUGGUAACAAGAUGAGACUACAUGCUGGGAGAGUAUUUUGCUUGUACAAAGUCACUUAUAAGUUAUAUGAAAUGCAUUACAUUAGAAAGCUUGGAAACUCAAUAUACACUGGAUUUAGGAGCUGGCUAAGUGUGGAUAAUAUUGAAAAUAUCCAGUAUCUAUAUCAUAAUAAAACUAAUAUUUGCCACAUGAAACUCUUGCUGUGAAACAAAAUCCAAUAUUUUCCAUUAAGUUAAUACUGAAGUUUUCUAUGUAUGAGACUACUAUAAUUAAUAAAUAUAGUUUACAA